AUGGAUUAUAUGUCAUUUGAUGACUACCGCUACGCGUCGGGGCUCAACGACAGAACGGAGGAUGCCCAGGUGCGAACGCUUUUGUACACCAUGGGCAGGCAGGCCAGAAAAAUUUUUCAGACAUUCGGCCUUACCGAAGAGGAGUCUCGAAGCUACGAGAAAGUGAAGAAAAAGUUUGACGCCCAUUUUGUGGCCACGAAGAAUAUAGUCUAUGAAAGCGCAAAUUUCCAUCGCCGGAAGCAAGAACCCGGGGAAAGUGCGGACAACUAUGUGACAGCCCUGCACGAACUUGCCGACCGUUGUGAAUUUGCAGAAUUCCGAGAUCGGAUGAUCCGCGACAGAUUUGUGGUCGGCCUCGAGGACGCACAGCUGUCGGAAACACUCCAGAUGGAUGCCACCCUUACGCUAGCGACUGCUCUGGCGAAGGCCAGGCUCAAGGAAACAGUUCACCGACAGCAACUGGAACUCCGGGCCGUCAGCAACGAGGCGACUACAGGCGAACUUGACGUGGUCCAACGAACAACGAGGAAGCCGUCCAGCAACUGGGAGGCUGGCGCCACAGCACAGCAACGCCAGUCGCUCCAGGGGAGGCCGCUGGGACAGCGGCGACCGCAAGGGUGCCAGUUCUGCGGACGUUCGAGCCACCCGAGAGCCCGGUGUCCUGCACGUUCAGCGCGGUGUGACCGCUGUGGAAUGAAGGGACAUUUCGCCGUGGUGUGUCACAAGAGAACGGAAAACAACCAGGAGGGCGUGUCUAUGCUAGGAGGCGACGGACAAAACUUUUUUGUCGCGACACUCAACGGCUCAAAUGCCAGAUACGCGGAAGUGUCUAUCAAUGGUGUACGCGUAUGUGCAAAAAUUGAUUCAGGAGCAGAAGUCACUGUUGUUCCGCCCGAUUUCCCCGGUGUACCGCUUCGUAUAGACAGUCACAAGCUGUGUUGA